ACAAGACUGAUACCUUGCCUCCUCUUUUCCUUUGUAUCAAUUGGUCGGGGUUCGGGCUAUUGUUGCAGGAGGGCUCUUUUAUUUCUGUGCACACUGUCGAUCAGCGAAAUCUCACGAUAGCCUCCCUGUGAAACCGACAGGGCUUUUUCUCCUCCUCGGUCAGAUACAGUCCGCUUGGAGAGCAGAGAGGAACCCAUGCGCACCAACGACGCGAAACCCAUGCCGUUGCCACCCUAGAUGACCGAGGCUUUUCCUACAAGAUACGCGUACUAAAGAGAGGACUGAUGGAUACAUAAAGUUCUCUUUUACUUUCUGGAUCACUGCUUUUGCGGCUCUGACAAAUGAUACGAUUUUGAUGGGACCCGAGCGCCAGCUAUUUCUAUUCCAGCGAGAUUUUGCCGACAUCCCGCCAUGCCACAAUGGUUAUAAUUCUGCUCUUGUUGUUACUGAGCUUCUUGGAUCCGAGUUUGCAGGAAUCUCUGCCUCCGAGGUUAAGCAGGACCCCAAGGGCGCCUUGUGCCAGGGGCCAGGCUUGUGACCCACGGCAGCGGCGAGAUGCUGGUGGACGCGGCGGGGUUUACGAGCACCUCGGGGGUGCUCCGAGACGCAGAAAACUUUACUGCGCCACAAAAUAUCAUUUGCAAAUUCACCCGAACGGAAAAAUAGACGGAUCUCUUGAAGAAAACAAUCCUUUCAGUAUACUCGAGAUCACAGCUGUCGAUGUUGGUGUGGUAGCGAUCAAGGGUCUGUUUUCGGGAAGAUACCUUGCUAUGAAUGAAAAAGGACGUCUGUAUGCCUCGGAAGUCUUCAACCGUGAAUGUGAGUUCCUCGAACGCAUUCAUGAAUUAGGCUACAACACCUAUGCAUCACGGCACCAUGCCACCACCCAGCCACCACCGGCAGGGUCCAGCACAGGGGGUGGCAAACGCCGUGCCAGCUCUAAGAGGCAGUGGUACGUCUCCAUUAAUGGAAAGGGCCGGCCAAGGAGAGGCUUUAAGACACGGAGCACAGACAAAGCUUCGCUCUUUCUUCCCCGUGUUCUGGGCAACAAGGACCACGAGUUGGUACGCAAGCUCAGAGAGAGCCAGCGGCAUCAGACAGGUGCUCAUAAAGUCCCUGCGGGUCGGGCAGAGCGAAGGCGACGACGACACAGGGGCUCCAGGAGACACAGCAGAAGGGCCGACAUUUAACACUGUCUUUACACAGAUGGAGGAGAGGGCCAAAGCCACUGCGAGGACUCAAACUUAAAGGAAAAAUGUCAGAUGGAACGCAGUUGGACGAUUUACAGGCAAACCCUGGGAAUUAUGCUACGAUUUCUUGCAGGAAGGACUGAAUAUUGUAGAGAAAGAUUAUUUUCUCAUACUUAUAAAAAAAGUGCAGCCUCUGAUACACUCCAAAUAGGUUUAUGUGACCAAAUUAACACUACUGAAAGUUUUGUCCUUUACUUUGUACGACAAGCACCACGUUUAGUUUGUUUUCAAACGCCUUUUCUGUAAAGGACGUGUAAUUAUUGUACAUAGCUGUACAGUCGUUUCUUUUAUAUUUGAGCAAAAUAACAUAGAGUAAAUGUUUGUAAUCAUACAUUAGGAUGUCGGACAAGUGCUUGACAAUGCCAAUGAUGUGUUAUAUGACUGGACUAUGGCUUUAUAGGUGGUGUACAAACAAGCACUUUUUUCUUACUGAAGUAUAAAGUAGAAACGAAGAAACAGCCGCAUAAAACAGAUGCUUUUUAACUUACAUGUGAUAGGCUACUGUUCUUAAACUGCAAUCAGGAGUACUUUGUAUAUUACUAAUGUAAUGCAUAUUUAUUUUUGUUUAUAUGUCUUUAAGUUAUUGAUGGCAUAGUUUUCCAAAUAUCAAGGAUUUUUCUCCAAAAAAAAAAAAUAUGAAAGAAGAAUCACCGUUGUUAGAGUAACACUGUUAUCUUUAAUAUUAUUCCAACUGGUCCCGUAAGAGUAGAGUCUUUUUUGGGUUUAUAUUAUGUUUCAGUUUUGUAUUUCAUGUGAGUCUGAAACAUAGCUUUGAUAAAUGCCAUUUGUAUUGAACACUGUAAUCAAAGUAAUGCAUAUAAACUGCAUUUUUGACACUGAAAGCUGAACAUCUAAAGGAAUG